UAUCAUCAUACUAUAGUUUAUGUGAUUUCUGGAGAUUAAAAAGCCCUAAAGACUCUCCUCUCUCUGUUAUCUCAGAGGAUUAUUUAAGCUUCUCUCGAUUCCAAUCAAAGCAAGCCAUCGCUUUCUUUCUUCACAGAGAUCGUCGCUGUGACUUGAAAAGCUAUCUGAUCACGAGAGGUUGAAGUAUUAAUUUCAAGAUCGAAGAAGUGAUGGAGAACAGAGGGCAGAAACGAAUGGAGGAUGUGGAGGAGCUACCUGCUGAUAAGAGAGCUUGUAACUCACAAGACUCUAGGUCAAGCUCAUCUGGUGGCUCGUCUGUUCAGAGCCAGUCUCAAGAAGCAGCCAAUGGAGCGAGUUCAGGGCACGAAACCACUGACGCUGAUAUGGACACUUCUUCGUCUGACUCUCCUUCUAGUCAUUCAGAUGGAGAGCCAGAGAAGGAGGAGGAGGAGGAGGAGGACACGGACUAUGGAUCUUGCGAUUCCGAUGAUGAAGAAGGUGAAAAUCCGAGGCACAAGGCGCUUCAGGAUGUUCAGUGGGGGAGAUCAUCUGAGGAUCAGCAGAAACUGAGUUCUCUCGUGACGAGAUUGAGUGAAGAAGUCGAUCCUUCUUUGCAGUUGACUGGUCUUACUGAGCUGUGUGAAGUCUUGUCUUUCUGUACUGAAGACUCGCUCUCCACCGUUAUGGCGGAUACGCUCGCGCGUGUGCUUGUUAAGUUGGCUAAUCACGAGAGCAAUGCAGAUAUCAUGCUGCUCGCUAUCAGGGCCAUUACUUACUUGUCUGAUGUUUAUCCGCGGUCUGUAGCAUUCCUUGUGAAACAUGAGACUCUCCCUGCUCUUUGCCAGAGACUUCAGGCAAUUGAGUACCUGGACGUUGCUGAGCAGUGUUUGCAAGCACUUGAGAAAAUAUCCAAAGAUGAGCCAGUGGCGUGCCUGAAUGCUGGAGCAAUUAAAGCAGUGCUUUCUUAUAUUGAUUUCUUCUCAACUAGCUUACAGAGAGUCGCAGUUUCUACUGUGGUGAAUAUAUGUAGGAAGCUUUCAUCUGAGUCUCCCUCGCCUUUUAUGGAUGCUGUUCCAAUUUUAUGCAAUCUUCUUCUGUAUGAAGAUCGACAGUUGGUGGAGAGUGUGGCUAUUUGCUUAACAAAAAUAACAGAUCAAGUUAGCGAGUCACCUGAAAUGUUGGAUCAACUAUGUAGCCAUGGACUGAUUCAUCAAUCCAUACAUCUUUUAAACUUGAAUGGCCGCACCACCCUAUCUCAACCUGUUUACAAUGGUGUGAUUGGAUUGCUAAGAAAACUAUCUUCUGGUUCAACUUUAGCCUUCAGAACGUUAUAUGAGCUUAACAUUGGCUACAGACUAAAAGAAAUUAUAUCCACGUAUGACAUUUCCCAUUCAGUGUCUUCUACAAAUCCCAUCACUGCAUGUUCCAACCAAGUGCAUGAAGUCCUGAAGUUGGUGAUUGGGCUUCUUCCAUCUUCACCUGUAGAGGAUAAUCAGCUGGCAUUGGAAAAGGAAAGUUUUCUUGUCAAUCAGCCCGAUCUCUUGCAACAAUUUGGAGCAGACGUGCUUCCUGUUAUGAUUCAGGUACUAAAAUCUGGAGCGAACGUAUAUGUUUCUUAUGGUUGUCUAUCAGCAAUCCACAAGCUGACUUGCUUGAGUAAGUCAGCCGAUUUUGUCGAUUUACUGAAGAAUGCAAACAUUUUAAGUGUUUUGGCGGGCAUUUUGUCAAGGAAAGAUCAUCAUGUGGUUGUUGUAGCACUACAGAUUGCUGAAGUGCUUCUUGGGAAAUACAGUGAAGAUUUUUUGAAUUCGUUUGUAAAGGAGGGUGUUUAUUUCGCAAUCGAAGCGCUUUUAAACUCGGGGCAACAGAGUCAAGGAUCAACUGACGUUUCAGAAGAGCCUGUUCCGAAAGAGACUGUGAAAUGCUUGUGCCAGUCUUUUGAAAGAUCGAUUUCCUCUUCUUCACAAACUUGUAAGAUUGAAAAGGAUUCUGUCUACAUUCUCGCAACACGUAUCAAGGAGAGUUUCUUUGGACCUGAGGUAUUCGACUCUCAGAAAGGCUUGACAGAUGUUCUCCAGAACCUCAAGCACUUGUCUGCAGCCCUUGACGAUUUGAUGACUGUACCUAUUGAUGCACCUGCCCUGCACGAUGAGAAGUUCUUCUCAGUAUGGAGUCAAAUCAUGGAAAGGCUGAAUGGAAGGGAAUCUGUGUCCACAUUUGAAUUUACAGAGAGUGGAGUUGUGAAGGCACUGGCAAAUUACCUGUCUAAUGGACUCCACCAAAGGAAAUUUAGCAAAGGCGAUCCAGAAUGUGAUAGUUUACCAUUUGUUGGUAAUAGAUUUGAAGUGUUCACAAGAUCACUUUGGUCUGAUGGCGAGGCAACUUCAUCCGUAUUAAUAAGGAAGCUCCAAAAUUCCUUAUCUUCAUUAGAGAGCUACCCAAUUGUCCUAAGCCAGUUUUUGAAGCAAAGGAACUCAUUCGCGACUGUUCCCAAUGGACGUAGCACAAGCUAUCCAAUCCUAAGAGUUCGUUUUGUCAAAGCAGAGGGGGAGACUUGCUUGCGUGAUUACUCCCAAGACUUGGUCACCGUUGACCCACUUUGCUUCUUGGAUGCUGUCGAUCAAUACAUGUGGCCUAAAGUGCAGUUAGAACCUUUAGAUUCCGUUGAAGAAAAAGAUCAAGCUAUGGAAUGUCCAUCUUCUCAGCUGCAGUCAACUUCUAUAUCUUGUCAAGGUGAAAGCUCAACCCAUAUGGAGAUUGACAGUCCUAAUGCAUCUCAGUUGCAGGGAUCUCAAGAGGAAGACCAAGAGCAGCUUCCAGAUUCAGGGGAAGAGAAUACUUCCUCAUCUGAAGAGGAGGAUGCGUUACCUAGACUUUUGUUUCGUCUAGAAGGGCUCGAACUGGACCGCUCUUUGACUGUAUACCAGGCUAUUCUCUUGCACAAACUAAAAUCAGCAAGUGAAACUACCAACGAUUCCAAGCUGAGUGGAUCCCACACCAUCACGUAUGAAAGGGCCCCACAACUUGCAGAGUCUGAUGAAAAUCUGUUUCCUCUCGGAUCUAUGGACAAUGACGAGUAUCACCCUUUUUUAUCCUUCUUGUUUGCUCAAAGACUUGGUUUGCGCCACAAAGCAACUAAUCCUCCUGCGUACGACAUAUUGUUUCUGCUCAAGAGUCUGGAGGGCAUGAACAGAUUUCUCUUUCACCUGAUUUGUCAUGAACGGAUAAAUGCUUUUGGGGAAGGUAGGCUGGAGAAUUUGGAUGAUCUGAGGGUGCAGGUUUGUCCUGUGCCGUAUGCUGAAUUUGUUAGUAGUAAGCUAACAGAGAAGCUGGAGCAGCAGCUGCGUGAUUCCUUUGCUGUGUCAACCUGCGGUCUACCACCGUGGUUUAAUGAUCUAAUGGGUUCAUGCCCUUUUCUGUUUAGUUUUGAAGUCAAAACCAAAUACUUCCGGCUAUCAGCAUUCGGUUCGCAGAAAGUCCAUCAUCAUCCACAACACCUUAGCAGUGAAGGGCGCCCAGUAACUGGUAGUUUACCUCGCAAAAAGUUCUUAGCUUGCCGUGAAAACAUUCUAGAGUCUGCUUCAAAAAUGAUGGAGUUGCACGGCAACCAGAAGGUGGUAAUUGAGGUUGAGUACAGUGAAGAAGUGGGAACUGGUCUUGGGCCAACGCUUGAGUUCUAUACACUUGUCAGUAGAGCGUUUCAAAAUCCAGACCUUGGCAUGUGGAGGUGUGAUCGUAGUUCCUUUGCUGGAAAACCGAAGGAAGACUCAGGAUUUUUGGUGGCUCCUUCGGGACUCUUUCCACGACCUUGGUCAGAUGCAUCAGCUGCUUUCCCAGAUGUGUUGCAGAAAUUUGUCCUCUUAGGGACAGUGGUAGCAAAGGCUCUACAUGAUGGACGAGUUUUAGACCUUCCUUUCUCUAAAGCCUUCUAUAAACUGAUUCUCGGACAGGAGUUGAGUUCAUUUGACAUCCACUUCGUUGACCCUGAACUUUGUAAAACACUGGUGGAAUUGCAAGCUCUGGCACGGAGGAAAAAGGUUUUCUCAGAAUCACAAAGUGAUGCCCGAGCAGCUAAGUGUGAUUUAAGUUUCCGUGGAACAAAGAUUGAGGACCUUUGUCUUGAAUUUGCCCUGCCUGGCUAUUCGGACUAUGAUCUAGCUCCCCAUUCUUCUACUGAUAUGGUAAAUUUGGAUAACCUGGAGGAAUAUAUCAAGGCUAUUGUCAAUGCAACAGUAUGUACCGGGAUCCAAAAACAAGUGGAAGCAUUUCGGUCUGGAUUUAACCAAGUUUUCCCUAUUGAACAUCUUGGGAUAUUCAAUGAAGAAGAACUGGAAACUCUCUUGUGUGGAGAACGAGAUCUCUUUAAUAUGAAUGAAGUAUUGGAUCACGUCAAGUUUGAUCAUGGAUAUACUUCUAGCAGCCCACCAGUUGAAAAUUUGUUGGAGAUUCUGCAUGAGUUUGACAAGGAUCAACAACGAGCCUUUCUGCAGUUUGUAACAGGAUGUCCUCGUCUACCUCCUGGGGGCUUGGCGUCUCUCAAUCCCAAACUAACAAUUGUCCGCAAGCAUGGUAGCGAUUCUUCAGAAACUGACUUGCCGAGUGUGAUGACAUGCGCUAAUUAUCUAAAGCUUCCACCUUUCUCUUCCAAAGUGAUAUCUCUCUCUUCAUCUUUUGUUAACCCACUCUCUUUCUUACUCAUGUUGACAAAAGCCGGUCUCAGGAAAGAUCUAACUGUGUUGUGGUUCUGCUUUGUGUUCUGUCUUGUCUGUGUUUUGCAGGAAAAGAUGAAGGAGAAGCUAAUUUAUGCUAUAACUGAAGGCCAAGGUUCCUUCCAUCUCUCUUAAAUUAGCAUCUUGUGAAAAAUUAGCAGAAGCGGUAGGAGGUGAGAGAAGGAGAAGAGUGGACUGUUAGAAGAAAACAAGAGGAUGCUCUUCUUCUUCACAUUGCUUUAAAGUUUUCUUUUUUCUAGGAUUUUGUACAUAAGAAUUUUAAUCGGUAGAAAUAGAAAUACAUUUUAAAAAGAAAACUCUUGAUGGAAAAGGGUUGUAUAUUAUAAAAAAAGAAUCACUUCAAAGGUUGUAAUAUUAUUGGAGUAUUAAUUGACAAACUAAUUUGCAGAA